AUGGGGGAUUUCAAUUUGGCGUUGGUAAUCGUUGCGAUAGUAGUGUGUGUGCUGGUGUUUAUAUUUAAUUUAUACCUCCUAGUAAACUACCAGCAUCCAGAUGACGCCAAUCAGGCGUAUUUCCCCAAAUUCGUCGUAGUUUUGGGUCUCUCCGUAGCGGCAAUUUCGAUUUUAAUGCUUCCGGCGGAUGUGGCUAACCGGCAGGCUUGCCGGCGCGCGAUUUAUAAUGGUGCGUGUAACCUCACGCUCCCCAUGAAGGACCUAUGGCUCGCCAUCUACAUUAUUGAUGCUAUCCUCGUGUUUUUCGUCAUACCGUUUGCAAUGUUCUACUAUGAAGGCGACAUGGAUAAAAGUGUUUGGAAAAGGAUGAAAAGUGCAUUGCUGUGGGUAGUAACGACAGCUAUUGUUUGUGCUUUGGUGCUAGGGAUUUUGUAUGGACUUGUUGGUAAGGUGGACUUCACAGUUCGACACCUAUCGUCAUCCACUGAACCCUUUCCAUCUACUUGGGGCUUAACAAGUGGUCAACAAUGUGUUGGAAGUGGAAUACGACAGUGCUCUGCAUAUUCUGCCAGUGCUUCGUCCGAGACUACAUGGACUAUGCGAACUACCUUCCCAGAAUAUGUUGUUGCUCUAGCGACAAUUGUUGGUUCUGUGCUUUUCACUAUUUUUGGUGGUGUCGGCAUUGCUUGCCUCCCAUUGGGACUUAUAUUUUCAUUCUUCAGACGACCUAAGGCUGUUAUAACACGUUCGCAGUAUAUCAAGGAGGCAACUGAACUUAGUAAAAAAGCUAGAGAAUUGAAAAAAGCAGCUGAUGCACUUCAUCAAGAGGAAAGGAGUGGUAAUAAGGGAAGAAAAUGGCGUAAAAAUGUAAAAGCAGUAGAAAAGGAGCUACUUCUCUUGGAAGAAGAUGUGAAGGCAUUGGAAGAGAUGUACCCUCAGGGUGAAAAGGCUGAAGCUUCAUGGGCUAUGACUGUUCUUGGCUACCUAGCCAAACUUGUACUACCAUUGGGACUUAUAUUUUCAUUCAUCAGACGACCUAAGGCUGUUAUAACACGUUCGCAGUAUAUCAAGGAAGCAACUGAACUUAGUAAAAAAGCUAGAGAAUUGAAAAAAGCAGCUGAUGCACUUCAUCAAGAGGAAAGGAGUGGUAAUAAGGGAAGAAAAUGGCGUAAAAAUGUGAAAGCAGUAGAAAAGGAGCUACUUCUCUUGGAAGAAGAUGUGAAGGCAUUGGAAGAGAUGUACCCUCAGGGUGAAAAGCUGAUUGACAGCAUAUAUUUGCUGGCUUUGAACAGGUUGAUAGUUUCAGUGGCUUGGAUUGCACAUAUAGUCAUAUAUUUGCUGGUUGACCCUCCUAUUUCUGCAUUUCUUAACGAGAUCUUCAUCAAAUUGGAUGAUGUUUGGGGUCUGCUGGGAACUGCAGCGUUUGCCUUUUUCUGCUUCUAUCUUCUGCUUGCAGUUAUUGCUGGGGCAAUGAUGCUUGGUUUGAAAUUAGUUUUCGUUACCAUCCAUCCUAUGAAAUGGGGAGCCACGCUCAUGAAUUCUUUUCUUUUUAAUGUGGGCCUCAUUCUCCUUUGCUCAAUAAGUGUGAUCCAAUUCUGUGCCACUGCAUUUGCAUACUAUGCACAAGCUACCGCUGCUCAAGAAAUCUUUGGUCACACCUUGCAAUCACUUAGGGGAAUCAAAUAUUUAUACAAGUAUAAUGUCUUUCAGAUUGGAUUCAUUGUCCUGGCGGGGCUGACUUUUGUGUAUUAUGCAGCUUUUGGGUGGAGAAGAAAAAAGCCUAGUGGCAGAUUCCAGCUUUCAACAUAA